GAGCGGCGCCGCAGGCCGCCGCGUUGGGGCAGUCGGCGGAGGGAAGUGGCGCAGCAUGAUGCGGCUGUGGCGCUCGGCGCUGCUGCGGGAGCUGCUGCUGCUCGGCCCACCUGGGGCCGGCGGGACGGGUCCCGCCGCCGGUUCCAGGCGCCUGCCGCCCCCGCUGGCAGCCUUCGGCGCGAGCCCGCCCGCUUCUCGACGCGGCCCGGGUUUGGCGACGCCACCGCCUUCGGCGCGAGGUUUGUGCACUCGUUCGGAGGGAGCCUUGGAGGAACCGGGGAAGGGGGCGCCGUCGCCGACCGCUGGAGAGCCCCCCGCGGAUAGCGGCCACAACAAUAACCACGGCGGCGGCAAGGAGCUGGUCGGAGUCGGCGGCGGGGAGAAUAAAGUGAAGCAAGGUCUCCUUCCUAGCUUAGAAGAUCUGCUUUUCUAUACCAUUGCAGAAGGACAAGAAAAAAUACCAGUUCAUAAAUUCAUAACUGCACUCAAGUCUACGGGAUUACGAACAUCUGACCCCCGGCUGAAAGAGUGCAUGGAUAUGUUAAGACUGACCCUUCAGACAACUUCGGAUGGUGUUAUGCUGGACAAAGACCUCUUUAAAAAGUGUGUACAAAGUAAUAUUGUGUUGCUCACUCAAGCUUUCAGGAGGAAGUUUGUCAUUCCAGAUUUCAUGUCCUUUACUUCACAUAUUGAUGAGCUGUAUGAAAGUGCUAAAAAACAAUCUGGAGGAAAGGUAGCUGACUAUAUUCCACAACUGGCCAAGUUCAGCCCUGAUUUGUGGGGUGUCUCACUUUGCACAGUGGAUGGACAGAGGCAUUCUGUUGGUGAUACCAAAGUUCCAUUUUGUCUUCAGUCCUGUGUAAAGCCUCUGAAAUAUGCUAUUGCUGUUAAUGAUCUUGGGACAGAAUAUGUGCACAGAUACGUUGGUAAAGAGCCCAGUGGAUUAAGAUUCAACAAAUUGUUCCUGAAUGAAGAUGACAGGCCUCAUAAUCCUAUGGUGAAUGCUGGAGCAAUUGUGAUCACAUCUUUAAUCAAGCAAGGAGCAAAUAACGCAGAAAAAUUUGACUAUGUGAUGCAGUUCAUGAAUAAGAUGGCUGGCAAUGAGUAUGUUGGAUUUAGUAAUGCUACGUUCCAGUCCGAGAGAGAGAGUGGAGAUAGAAACUUUGCAAUCGGCUAUUACUUGAAAGAAAAAAAGUGCUUUCCUGAAGGCACGGAUAUGGUUGCUAUAUUAGACUUCUAUUUUCAGCUUUGCUCAAUAGAAGUAACAUGUGAAUCAGCAAGUGUGAUGGCAGCAACCCUGGCCAAUGGUGGCUUUUGCCCAAUCACUGGUGAGAGAGUGCUGAGUCCCGAAGCAGUCCGGAAUACCUUGAGUUUAAUGCAUUCCUGUGGCAUGUAUGACUUCUCAGGGCAGUUUGCCUUCCAUGUUGGUCUUCCUGCAAAAUCUGGAGUUGCUGGUGGGAUUCUUCUGGUUGUUCCUAAUGUCAUGGGCUUGAUGUGCUGGUCACCUCCUUUGGACAAGAUGGGCAACAGUGUUAAAGGAAUACACUUUUGUCAUGAUCUGGUUUCUUUGUGCAACUUCCAUAACUACGAUAAUCUGAGACACUUUGCCAAAAAGCUUGAUCCUCGCAGAGAAGGCGGUGAUCAGCGGGUGAAGUCUGUGAUCAAUCUGCUGUUUGCUGCCUACACAGGGGACGUGUCUGCACUCCGCAGAUUUGCUCUCUCAGGAAUGGAUAUGGAACAAAGAGACUAUGACUCACGGACUGCCCUGCAUGUAGCAGCUGCAGAAGGACACGUGGAUGUUGUUAAAUUCCUGCUGGAAGCAUGCAAAGUGAAUCCUUUCCCCAAAGACAGGUGGAACAACACGCCCAUGGACGAAGCUUUACACUUCGGGCACCACGAUGUGUUUAAGAUCCUUCAGGAGUACCAGGUGCAGUACACUCCGUCGGACGACGCCAGCGAGGGCAAGGAGAACCGGACGGUUCACAAGAACCUGGACGGCUUGUUGUAAAUCAUCUGCAGCUCGACCCUAAGAAUCAGAUCACUCACCUGUUUCAAUUGUGGUAGACUUAAGUCAUGAAGAGCGUGUGUGUUUCUCUCUGAUAGUGGUAUCUCUUUUCCAGAAGUCUCUGUUACUUCAGUGUUAUGUUACAGGAGUUUCUAUACGCACAGGACAAAUCCAGUCUCUCUCCAAAAAAAACCAGAAAACCAACCAAAAAAACCCAAACCCAACAAAAACCAACCAAGAAUCUCCCUCCAUAAUGUGAGCAAUAUUACCUCAUGCUGCAUAGAAGUGAUGUAGGAAAAAACCCACAAUAUUUAGCUGUUGUUGGCUUUACUGUGCACUACUUAAUUUAUUUGAGUUUUCUUCUUAGUGUUCUGGGUUUUUUGGAGGUGUUUUAUGUCAACUCUGCAGUCCCUGGCCAGGAAUUCUUUUUCUUUUUCUUUUUUCCUGCUGAGGUUUUGUUUGUUUGUUUCUCUAGCCCUCUGUUUCCAGUAUGGCCAAGAUGAGCUGGAGUACUGUCAGGUAUGAGUGUCAGUGAGGUUCUUCAGAAGCUGAGGAUGCUGAUGUGUAGAUUUAGGCUGGGUGUGUGAAGGUAAGAAUCUGCACUUAAACUUCGGGGGGUGGGGGGAGGGAGGAAAACCCCAAACCUUAAAAAUCUUUCCACACAACCUUGUUUACAUAAUAUAGAUACCCACAAGUCUGUAGGUGACACUUGUCAAUGGUCUAGGCUUGUUCUUAGAGAGUCUUGUCAGGGAAUCUUGUGUUGAGAUUUGUUUGACCAAAUGGUGUAAGGGAACGGGAACUGUGCCAUCACAGGGUGUUUAUAGUGGGGUUUGUGUUUGUUUUUGAAGCCUUUCAGUUCCCUUUGUCUCACCUCCCUACUUGUUUAGCUGCUAAAGUGCUUCCCCUGUAGCUGGGGAGAGCAGGUGCUUCCCCUUGGUGCAGUCCUGUUCCUUGCAGGUACACUUGCACUACAGCCUUCACAAGCGGCAACAGCCUCUCCUGUGGGCUCCCCCAGGGGCACUUCUUGGCAGCAGCAACAAGAACCAGAGAGGGAGAUGGAAGUGUGUGAAAGGCAAAGUGCUACACCAAAUAUUACCUGCAAAUCUGACCUGACAUAAGGCUUGUGGUAAGGAGCACAAGCAGGGUGAAACAGCUUUAAGGAGCACAGAGCAAAUCCCAGCAGGAGCAGAGCAGGAGAUAAGCCACACUGUUGUGUACGUUCUCUUCUUGCACUACCAUUAACCCAGGGAGCAAGAAUUACUGCAUCGGUGGGAUCCCACUGGUGUAGAACAAGGAGUUCAGCAUCAGGAGCACAAGUAGGAGAUGUUUUUUGUGGUGAAGGGUGGCAUUUAUUGCCCCUCCACUGUAGCCAUCUGGGCACGUGCCCCGUCAGGGGGAACCCAGGGGUGUGGGUAUCUGUCGUUUGCGGAAGUGCAAUGUUGGGGCAGCUGCCUCAUCCCAGGGGCAACUGCUUCUGCCUCAGAAGUGAGCAGCUGCCUAGGAGCUUAGAGUUGGAUAUUCACAACCCGCCAGAGCUGGACGUAGGCAAGAGUUUGAGCAUGAGAAUGUUUAGGCAUGAAUGGCUUAGCACACGGGAAAGGAGAUGGUGCUGGAGUGUGUGCGUGGCUGUUCUGACCCUAGCACAUAGCCUGUGUGAGUCCUUGGUAGAUCUCAGAGUUCCACUUUUCUGUAUUUAGGCACCAAAUCCUGCUGAAACAACACCCCAGUUCUUCUUAGAAUGGCCCAUGCACUUUAUCUGAAGAUGAUCUGAACCACGUUAGCCUCCUGCAAAUG